AUGACGUCCAACGGUGACAACCUAAUUGUGGCCACCUCCCUGUUGACCGGCAAUCAGGUGUCCGGCCUUCCAGGCGGAACAACUCGUUACAUCACGGUUUCCUCACACGGGACUCCGGUGAAGCAAUCUGCUGCAACUCAGAAUGUCAUUCUCACAGCUCAAAGUCCGCAUGGAUCCCCCGUCAUUCUCCAGAGUCCAUCGAAAGGUGGCACUGCCCAGGUUUUCCACACCUAUACCUCCCUGGGCAACGCAACUUCAGGGAUCAAGCGUGAACGUGAGUCGGACAUCCACGACUCUUAUAUCGAGGUUAAACGCGCGAAAGUCGCACAAACUGCUUCCAUACGGAGCUGCGUAACGACCCCGGGGGCUGCCAGCCCGGCAGCUACAGGCAACCGUGGUCUUCGACAUUUUUCGAUGAAAGUAUGCGAGCAAGUUCAGAAGCGAGGAAAAACCACGUACAACGAAGUUGCAGACGAGCUGGUGAAUGAGUUUUCUGAGCGUGGGAGCGGAGGUGGUUCCGCAGGCGGUGCCGCAGGCUCUGCGGCGUCUGCGAACGGCGCGGGCUACGAUCAGAAGAACAUUCGUCGUCGAGUCUACGAUGCACUCAACGUUCUCAUGGCCAUGGGCAUUAUAGAGAAGAAACAGAAAGAGAUUCUCUGGUUGGGACUCCCCACAAACAGUGCGCAGGAGUGCAAAAAGCUCGAAGCAGAAAAACGAGAACGUCUUUCUCGAAUCUCACAGAAGACUCAACAGUUAUAUGACAUACUACUUCAGCAUAUCGCUUACAAGAGUCUUGUAGAACGUAACAAGGCCCAAGCCGCUGUCGCACCCCCUCCGCCCAAUUCUACGAUUGCUCUCCCGUUUAUUAUAAUCAACGCUUCGAAGGAGACUUCUAUAGAUUGCCAGAUCUCUUCAGACAAACGCGAUUACCUGUUCAAUUUUAACAAUUCGUUUGAAAUCCACGAUGACAUUGAGGUUCUCAAGCGCAUGGGCUUGGCCAUGGACAUUGAGAAGGGUGAGGCUACACCAGAGAAAGUGCAGCAAGCCAAGCAGAUGCUGCCCAAAGCACUGCAGCCUUUCGUGGAGCAGAUGGCACGUAGCCGUGAUCAGCUGCCUCCAGACAUGAUGCGACUCACGAAGGCAUCGUUGAGCCCGAGUGACGAAGUUGUCAUGUCAAUUCUUCCCUCACCGUCAUCCGGUGAAGAUUACUCCGAGGACGAUCAGUACGAAAAUUGAAACGAGCUGCCAACGGAAGCACAUAAGUUUCCGCGGCAAACUCGGCCCGAUGUACCACACUAUUCUUUAACUGAGAUAUAACCACGGAAUAAAACACUAUUAAACAUU